AUGAGAAUUAAAAUGCCAGCUGUACGCAUCGCGCAAGCGGAUGCGGACAGCGCGGCAGAAGGCGGAGGGUCGCCCACACCUGGGGUGCCAGCAGACACGUUGACCUGCGGCGCCUGUCGACGAGCCUUCGCCCUUGCCGACAUUGUGCGGUUUAUACAACACAAAGUUUCCUCCUGUGAUAAGGACCUAACGUCGUAUCAUUGUUACAGUACUGGUCCUAAUUCAGACCCAGAAGAUGGCUCGAGGCCUGGUCAAGUUUCAAGUGGGAGCACCAGUGUCCGGAGGCCCUCCCUUCUUACAGCGAGAAGACCUCCGAGCAGUCGGGUGCAUACCCCUCCUCUUGCCAGUCCAUCUAUAGCGCCACCAGACCUUUUAGAAGACGGAGGUGCAUCCAGUACUCCAAAGCGAUUGUUAGACGCUGAUACUGAAACCUCAACUCCCAAAAGGAGGGCAUCUACAUCACCGAUGCCUUCCAGUUCUCCUGACGAGGACAUCAAACCCAAGAUUAAACAAGAACACAUGGAUACCUCAGGAUCGCCCGAGGACCAGAAAAAAUCUAGAACUGAAGUUGCUGAUGCUGAAUCUAAUACAAUGCACAGUGAACCUAGCAACUACGUUUGCUCGACGUGCAAGGCGCGUGUGCACUCAGCGUGGCGACUAUUGCAACACGUCCAACACGUGCAUGGCGUCAAGAUCUACGUUGAGGCAAUGCCACAGCAGUUACCAAGCAAGCAAAAUCAUUCGUCGUCUAGUACCUCAUCAUCAAGCUCAGGGUGCUCGUCUGCUGGUGCGCCACUACCACCACCUAGCCUACGUCAUCAUCCUUUAUUACCACCGCCGGAUAUGCACUCACCAUUUGGAGUAGGUGGUCUAUUGAGGAUGCCCUUACCCGGUAGCCUACCACCACUAGCGCACCCAUCGGUUCCUCCAUCACCAUUGUUUGCACGUCCAAACCAUCACGACCAUCGAUUUAGGAUGGAACAGCUCGUUUCAGAACAGUUCCGUCAUCAUGGUCUAAACUUAGCAGCAGCUGCUGCUGCUGUGGCGGCAAACUCACUGCCCCCACAUCAAGCAUUUCCUUCCCCGGCGGACAGACCUCCUGUCAUACCAACGUCGAUAUCCAGCCGAGAUAGACCCCCACCUGUCUCACAACCUCUCUCACUAGAACCCCAGCUGGAUUUUUACUCGCAGCGCUUGCGGCAACUGGCCGGUACGACCAGUCCAGGGGCGGCCACAGGCAAUUCGAGCUCUCCUAGCCCCAGGAAGCAAUCUCCUCCGUUCGCUUCCCCGUCGCCCUCCCGAGUCGGCCAGACUCCACCGGUGGGCGCCGGACCCGGAACGGUGGACACGCCUCGUGAAGCGACGAGGCCACACAGUUCAACGUCACCAGAACGACGUACUGAACCGUUAACGGCCGACGCGCCACCCUCAGAACGACCGUCAUCGACCCCACCUGUUAAACGUAAUAGUGAUGAGGCUAUCCAUUCCUGUGAGUUUUGUGGAAAGAAAUUCCGUUUUGAAAACAAUCUAAUUGUCCACCGUCGCUCGCAUACGGGCGAAAAGCCAUUUAAAUGCACCGAAUGUGAUGAGGCUUUCGAGAAGGCGUCCAAACUCAAAAAACACAUGAAGAUUCAUAGAAGUUCUGACGCAAAUGGAGAAGACGGUGAAUCAGGUGGCGAUACAGGCGAAGACGACACUGAUGAUGAUUUGGAGGACGAAGAGUUAGAUGGCGAAGAAGAGGAAGAAAAUGAAGAUGUUGAUGAUGUAGAGGAAGCAGAAGACUUAACGGUUUCAAAUAGCAGUGUUCCAUCUGCGCCUUCACGGAAACAGACACCUGCUUUACCCAACAACCCGCCUACUGCGUCUGUUGUUGGCGAACUAAUGGACAAAUUUGGUUUGUCUAACAUUGCUCAGUAUAGCGAAGCUUUUAAACAAGCUCUGCAAGAAUCUGGAAAUUCGCUAAAAUGGCAAUUAGCUAAAGAUAGAGAUAACAACAAUGGCCCACCCAGUGACAAACCGAAUGGUAUGCCACCGACGGCCGCGUUGCGUUUAAAAGAGGAGUUUGCAAAGAUGCCACCUCAACCACAUCCUCUUUUCAACCCCUUUGAGAAUCCUUUUGAAGCAUCCAAACGAAUCAAAUUGGAUAUGGAAAGAGGGGAGGGAUGGUGGCUUCCAACCUUACAUGCCCAGCGGCCUCCCGAUAACAUAUUUGAUGGUCUCAAGAACAGCAGUAACGGUUUAUUACAAAACCCUUUAUUGAAAAAGGAAGGACGUCGCAAUGACACAUGCGAGUUCUGUGGCAAAGUUUUCAAAAAUUGCUCGAAUCUUACUGUCCACCGGAGAUCACAUACUGGUGAGAAGCCGUACAAAUGUGAACUAUGCUCAUAUGCAUGUGCUCAAAGCUCCAAACUAACGAGACACAUGAAGACGCAUGGACGAUUAGGCAAAGAUGUAUACCGUUGCAGGUUCUGUGAGAUGCCAUUUUCUGUACCCUCGACGCUUGAAAAACAUAUGCGAAAGUGUGUUGUGAAUCAAAGUAAUGGUGCUGCAUUAGCUCUAUCUGAUGACUCUAACGCGUGCCGUGACGAGGCGUCGUGA